AUGGCGACGUCCCACGCUGCCCGAGCCUUCCUCCUUCUGCUCCUGCUCUGCCUGCCGGCGCUGCGGCGAGGGGCGCGGGUCGGCGGGCAGCGCCCGCGAGGCUGCCCCGCUCCGUGCCGCUGCGAGCAGGACGGCGUGCUGCUCCGCGCCGACUGCUCCGACCGCGGGCUCACCGCCGUGCCCGCCAACCUCAGCCUCUUCACCUCCUACCUUGAUCUCAGUAUGAACAACAUUACUAAGCUGCCCUCAAACCCUGUGCACAAUCUCCGCUUCCUGGAAGAGCUACGUCUUGCAGGAAAUGGCUUGACAUACAUUCCUAAGGGAGCAUUUGCUGGCCUUUUCAGUCUUAAAGUGCUGAUGCUGCAGAAUAACCAGCUACGCCAGGUUCCUACUGAAGCACUCCAGAACUUGCGCAGCCUGCAGUCUCUGCGUCUGGAUGCCAACCACAUCAACUAUGUGCCCCCCAACUGCUUCAGUGGCUUGGUCUCCCUUAGACACCUGUGGCUAGACGAUAAUUCUUUGACAGAAAUUCCUGUCCAAGCUUUUAGGAGUUUACCAGCACUUCAGGCAAUGACAUUGGCACUGAAUAAAAUUCAUUACAUACCAGACUAUGCCUUUGGAAACCUCUCCAGUUUGGUAGUUCUACAUCUCCAUAACAAUAGAAUCUAUUCCCUGGGAAAGAAAUGCUUUGAUGGGCUCCACAGCCUAGAGACAUUAGAUUUAAAUUACAACAGUCUGGAUGACUUCCCCACUGCUAUCAGGACACUAACAAACCUAAAAGAACUGGGAUUUCAUAGCAAUAAUAUCAAGUCAAUACCUGAGCGUGCAUUUGUGGGUAAUCCAUCACUUAUUACUAUACAUUUUUAUGAUAACCCUAUCCAACUUGUUGGAAAAUCUGCUUUUCAACACUUACCAGAACUCAGAACUCUGGCUUUAAAUGGUGCUUCACAGUUAACAGAGUUUCCUGAUCUGACAGGGACUACAAGUCUGGAGAGUUUGACACUCACAGGAGCACAGAUCACCUCUCUCCCCAGAUCAGCUUGUGACCAGUUACCUAAUCUCCAAGUGCUGGAUCUGUCUUAUAACCUGCUGGAAGAUUUACCCUGUUUUACUGCAUGUAAAAAACUCCAAAAAAUUGACUUGCAUCACAAUGAAAUUGGUGAAAUCAAAGCAGACACAUUUCGGCAGCUGGCUGCUCUUCGAUCUCUGGAUUUGGCUUGGAACAAAAUUAAAAUUAUUCACCCCAAUGCCUUCUCCUCUUUACCAUCUCUGAUCAAACUGGAUGUGUCAUCCAACCUUUUGUCCUCUUUUCCUGUGACGGGGCUACAUGGUUUAACUCAUUUAAAAUUAACAGGAAAUCAUGCCCUACAAAGUUUGAUAACAUCUGAAAAUUUUCCAGAACUCAAGGUCAUGGAAAUGCCUUAUGCUUAUCAGUGCUGUGCCUUUGGAGCUUGUGAGAGCCACUACAAAAUCUCCAGCCAAUGGAACAAAGAUGAGAAUAGCAGCAUUGAUGAUUUUCACAGGAAGGAUGCUGGGCUGUUACAAAUUCAAGAUGAACGUGAUUUUGAGGAUUUUUUUCUUGACUUUGAAGAAGAUUUGAAAUCUCAUCAUUCAGUGCAAUGCUCACCUUCUCCAGGUCCCUUUAAACCCUGUGACCAUCUGUUUGGUAGCUGGUUAAUUAGAAUUGGAGUGUGGACUAUAGUGGGUUUGACCUUAAUUUGCAAUGCACUGGUGUCUGCUACCGUUUUCGGAUCUCCAUUGGAUAUGUCCUCCAUAAAACUUUUGAUUGGUUUAAUAGCUGUUGUAAAUGCCUUGAUGGGUCUGGCCAGUGGAGUACUGGCUAGCGUGGAUGCAUCAACUUUUGGUAGCUUUGCUCAGUAUGGAGCACAGUGGGAAAGUGGAAUUGGUUGCCAAAUAACUGGCCUUCUCUCCAUUUUUGCUUCGGAGGCUUCCAUUUUGCUCCUUACCCUAGCUGCACUUGAACGUGCAUUCUCUUUAAAGCAUGCUGCAAAGUUUGAAACAAAAUCCUCCAUUGCUAGUGCAAAAAUUGGCAUUUUCUUUUGCUUUAUGUUGGCACUAAUCAUUGCAGUGAUACCAUUUCUCACUGGAACUGAGUAUGGGAUUUCUCCGCUUUGUUUACCACUACCGUUUGGAGAAUCCACUGCUAUGGGCUACAUGGUAGCACUGGUAUUACUGAACUCCCUUUGUUUUCUGGUAAUGACUAUUGCUUAUACAAAGCUCUAUUGUAGUUUAGAAAAGGGUGAACUAGACAACAUUUGGGAUUGCUCUAUGGUCAAACAUGUAGCCUUGCUACUUUUUACUAAUUGCAUUCUUUAUUGCCCUGUGGCCUUUUUAUCUUUUUCCUCCUUACUAAACCUCACGUUUAUCAGCCCAGAAGUGAUUAAGUCAAUACUUCUAGUGAUUGUCCCGCUGCCAGCAUGUCUAAACCCACUGCUUUAUAUACUUUUCAAUCCACACUUUAAGGAGGAUUUUGGAAGUCUGCGAAAGCAAACUUUGUUAUGGCGAAGAUCAAAACACACUAGUCUGAUCUCUGUGAAUUCAGAAGACAUAGAAAAACAAUCUUGCGACUCAACCCAAGCAUUGGUGACCUUCACAAGUGCCAGCAUAUCGUAUGAUAUGCCCACCAGCAAUUCAUUAAUGCCAUCAUCCUAUCAAAUGACAGAAGGCUGCAAUCUUUCGUCAGUCGCAUUCGUUCCCUGUCACUAGUUUCAGUGGCGGUACAGAAAAUACUUCUGUUUACAAAAUUUUUAAUCCUGAAAGUAAGUGUGGAUGUGUGCAUACAGUCUUAGAGAGUGCUUCUGAAUUUCAGUUACACACAUCAGAAAACAGUGACAACACUUGUGGCAGGCUGAAAAUCCAAUACUUGAGCCGUCUCAGCCUGCUUCUGAAAUGCUGAGAUGAAGAAAGAAACUGAAAGGUGCUGAAGUUUGUGCAGUUGUAUCAGCUGCUCUCUUUUAAAGUAGCACUAGUCAGAAAGGGCAUCAAUUGGUCAAGAGCAAAAAUAGCAUGUUAAAUUUAUAACCUUCUUUUUUCAAAGCAUCACCUGAUAUUCUCAGGGGUUGUGUUAUUUUUUUUCCUGUUUAUUGCAAUGUUUAUAAGCAUCUGUUUAUGGCCUUCAUUCGGUAACAUACCUAAAUGGAAGAGCAGUCUGUUCAAGUCCUAAAGGUUUCUGCAGAAUACCCUUUGGUGAAGUUCUGUGUUUGAUAAAGCUGAUUAAAUGGUUUAACUGGCAUCAGGUUUGGAUUUUGGAAGUCAUCUAAUUUGACAAAGCAUUUUUAAUUGUCAGCUAAAGGUACAAAAGGUAACACAAUGUGAAAGAAGUUAAUGAAAAUCCUGUUAAGCAUUUAAAAUGUGAUUUUAAAUGGCAAGGCAUUGUCACAUGGAUUUUUUCUAAUGAGGUUCUGCACAGUUUCAUCCUGAAUUGCUACCAUGCUGGUAGAAUUACUCCCAGAAUUACUGAUGAUAACAUUGGCAGAUGACUCAUACAAUUUGAGGGUGGAAAAUACUACAUAUAAAGUCAUCAAUAUAAAAAAAUUGGCAUGUUGAGAGCUAUUAAAGGACACCAAAGGCACUCACAUAGUGAGUUCAUUUAAGGUAAUUUUUCCAGGAACAAAAACUAUAGACCUGCUCAUGGCAUGAUCUCUGUCCUGUGAAACAGAAAGCUGCUAGUUCAUGGUCAUUGGUUAGUUGAAGGUUUAGAGGCCACUGUGACCUUUUGACUAAGGACACCCAAUAUCCUGAGCUAAGGCAAUAUCAAAUAGGAGUGAAGAGGUUGUGUGGUCUGUGUUCUUAGUGCUGAUGCAAGCACUCCUGGGAUAUUUCAGUUAUUUCGUUUACGUGCUGUAAAGAACAUUGUGAAAUUGAAAAGGAUAUGAGUAUCAUAAACUUAAAGCAACUUAAGAAAUAAGUGAUUUGAGCACAGUUUAUAAGUAGCUGCUUCUGGGAAACAAGUUUGAAGGCAGAGGACUACUCAUUUGAGAGGAGGAGAAUCUGAUAAAAUAAGCUGGAAAUUGACAUUAGGAGUAUGGAGUAUAGAAAUAAAGGUGCAAAUUGUUGACAGAGAUGGUCAUUAGCUAGUGAAACUGUCUGUCACCAAAAGUCUCUAAAUUCAAAUUGGAUAUAUCGCCAAAAAAGAUAAUUGGAGCUGUUGAAAUUCAGGGACUUCUGAUGGUUUUAGUUUAGGAAAAGGCUAGAUUGGAGUAACAGUUCUUCUCUGGCUUUAAAUCUGUUAUUACUUUGCUGAACCAGGGCAUGUAUGUUUACACAUCAGAAGCAUCCCAGUUAAAGAGAAGAGAUGUCAGGUCCUUGCCAAGUCUGCUGUUGAAAUAUCUCAGACAACAGAGUCACCUAGAAUAUAAUUCUUUGACCUUGGCCAAGCCAUCGGGGGAUAUUCCUGUAUUCUUUUUUGGGAGCUGGCACCUUUUGCUUAAAUGAGCUGAUCAUUUAAGACAGGAAAAUGCACAGGAAAAUUUUUUGUUAAAAAUAGCUCCCUGAGGAGUAACAUUUAAUAGCCCAGUACUCACUGCUCAGUUAAUGGCCACUCAACCUCCAGGUGAAUGGGACUAAUUUUUUAACAUUACCAAGGUUAGGCUAGGCCCAGUAAUUAAGGUAAUCAGUUACAGAUGAUCUCUGUUGUUCAUCUGUUUCUGUAUAUAAAACUUCCUGGGACUCAAAGGAUGGAUUUUCACAAUGAAGAAUUUGUUGCCAGCAAUGGAUAUGCCUUGAUUUUCAUGUCCAUUCACACUGGCAUGUUUUUAGUUCUGCAGUUACAGAUGGCAUCAGUUGACUUUGGCUGACGUGUUCAUCCUUCAGGAAAAAAAAUGAAUCAAUUUCAAAAUUAUAUACGAUAAAGUCAGCUGAGUACUUAUCUUAAUCCCUUAUCUUUUGUGGCUUUCGAAGCAGCGCAGCACACAGCUGCAGAACGAUGCCUGAAACCCCUUUGGAUUAAACAGAGAAUCAGUCAACCAUUGCACAAUAUGUAUUACUAUGUUUACUUAGCUUUAAUUUAACUGGGGUCCAUCUGUGCUGCACUGCUUAAUGUCACUGAAGUUCCUUUUAGCUUGCUGUAUUUAAGAAGUUUGUAAAGAGAUUUGAGAAGCAAAAUAAUGUUAUAAUUCUAAAGACUAGAUAAAGAAAGCUUCUUUUAUCAGAACUUUUUUAGCUUGCAGAAAGUCAUAAAGGCUUUGUGUCUUAUUUUUAUAAGCAUGUUUGAAAUAUUUUGAUCAGAUGUUUUAAACUUGAAAUUGUUAAAAUUCAUUUAAUAGAUUUUUAAAGUAAAAUGUGUAAAUAUAGAACUGUAUUUAUUAUUACAGUGAAAUGCAACAAUAGUAAAGGACAUGAGAUUAAGCCCUGUACAGUUUCAUAUUGAUAUUUGCUAUAUUUUCUGCUCAUAUAUAUUACUAAAUUCAUUAUCUGUAAAUAAUAUAAUGUAAAUGUGUAGUGAUUGUAAAUAGGUGACAUGCUUUCUUUUCUAUCAGUGUUUCAAACAUAUGUAAGUUGUAAUAAAAUGUGACUACACAGUAAAGAGCAUUUAAUCAUGACCUAACACCUCACAAAA